UAGUGGUAGGUUUUGGUUAUGGUUCGAAUAUUAUGAAAUGUGAACAAUAAAUGCAUAAGACUUCGACACAUGGUAAAUUCCAAUAAUCAGAAUGGCCAAAAGCAGAAGAAAUGUCUCCAUAAUUUCACCAAUCUCUCGUACAUUCUUUCAGAAUGAUACCUUUAACUUUGUUUUGUGCAUUAACUGUCUACAUUUUCCAUGAGACUGUACCUUGUCAAUAUCCAAUAUCACACAGCUUCCUGAAACUAAUAUUCCUUUCUGCUGUUAAUCAAUCUCAAAAUCAAAAGGAAAACCAGGCAAAGAUUCUGAUAUUCCAACUUGCAGAAAAAUGAAUAGAGAAUCCAUGAUAUAAAAUCCCACAUCAGUAUAAAUAGACCAAAAUGGAAGCGUUAAACUCAUUAACAGAAGAAAAACAAAAGCUUCCAUCAUAACAGAAAGACUUACAUUUCCAAGAGCCAUGGAUAUAAAUGCAGUGAAUGGGUUGGUAGCUGAGAAACCAGUAGUGAUCUUCAGCAGGAGUCAAUGCUCAAUGAGCUAUACAGUAAAGUCACUUAUAUCAAGCUAUGGGGCAAAUCCUACUGUGUAUGAGCUUGACGAGAUACCCAAUGGGCAGCAGAUUGAGGCACUGCUGGUUCAACUAGGAUGCCAGCCAUGUGUGCCUGCUGUGUUCAUUGGGCAGAAGUUAAUUGGUGGUGCCAAAGAGCUCAUGAGCCUGCAGGUCAGGAAUGAGCUUAUGCCAUUGCUCAUAAGUGCCAGAGCUAUAUGGCUCUGAAUCAAAAGCCGCAAUAUCAACACAACUUUUGAGAAAUUUGAUGAUAAUACAUGUCUUCUUCUACUACUUUUUCUUUUUCGUUUUGGGACUCUUGACUCUAUUUUGACUUUCAAAGUUAAGAACCGCAGCACUUUUUGCCCUCUUGUUCUUCAUGUAACACAUACGGAUUGUUACAAUAUAUAUGUACAUUUAAGAGCUUA